AUGUCUUGUCGUCACAAAAUAUCAGAAGAAACUCUGUGGGCCAUGAACGAAACUUCCAUGAAACGAACAAAUCGCAUUCGAAUGCGUAUGAAUUCCCUCCAACAAAGAUCCAAUGGUAGAUGGAAACAAUUUGCCAACGUUUAUGCCAAGUUUCUUCUGCGUUUUCCUUGGUCAAUUCUUCUUGUUAGUUCAUUAAUCACCAUCGGACUGGCAAGUUGUUGUUUAUUCUUCAUGGAAAUUCGUCCGUUCGAUCAAACUGAUUUUCUCAUGCCUCAUGGUCUAGCUAUUACAAAUGCAUUGCUCAUUCGAAGAAUUUUCGGUAGUGAUACAGAACUACGUAUGCAUCAACAGUUGAAUCUCUAUCCGGGAUUGGAUAUUAUCAUGAAAAGAAGACUGAAUACAGUCGAAGGACAUCCGAAUCAAACAAAUAUGCUUCGAAAUGAGAUUCUCGACGAAGUUCAUCGAUUGGAUAGACAUAUUCGAUCCGUUCGAAUUACCGAUGAAAACAAAACGAUGGAAUAUAACUAUUCGACAUUAUGCACGCAAAUCAAUCAAGCAUGUGUUGUUGAUGGAAAUUACAUUUUGAGUGAUAAAUUUCGUCACGACUUAACACAUUUACUUCCACCGAAAUCUGGAUAUUAUUUUGAUACAACAGGUGCGAAUGGAAUUCCCGAAUUCAUGUUUGGAAAAGAUUAUCGAAUGACAAAUGCCACUUCAUCAAUGGUCGAUUAUGAUGAGGAAGAAGAAGAAGAAGAAUACAACGAUCAGAAUCAUACUCCAACUAUGCAUCAUGCCACUUCCGAGAAAAUCAUAACCUAUGUGCCUGUUUUUCGCCUUCGAUAUACAAUGAACACAUCAACACCAGAAAGACGACAAUUGGCAAUUCUCUGGGAACGUGAAGCUCUGCGCUAUCUGAAUCAAGAAUAUCGAUCUGAAAUACUUGAAAUUCUACCAUCCACCUCGACAGCUAUUGCAGAUGCAAUCGUCGAAAAAGCGCAUGGAGAGGGAUUAUAUAUGAGCAUUAUGCUACUCAUAUUUAUUAUUCUUGUCUGUUUAUGUGUCACUAUUCAAGGAAACUUUCAUACUUCUGUUGGUUAUCUACCUCUCUGUGGAAUUCUUAGCAUUGCUCUUUCAACAGGUGCGACAUUUGGUAUACUAUCAAUGUGUCGAAUAAAAAUCAUCGAACCAAUGGCUCUACUUGUGUUUGUCGUUGCGAUUGUUGAAUGUUUGCGUAUUUCAAUCGUAUGUGGUGAAUAUCAUCGAAUACUCAAAGAUCAUUUGCUCACUCUCACUGACGUUUCAUCCGAGAUUGACAUUGAAAAGAUUCUCCCAUCGAUCAUCGAAUCUACUCAUCCAUAUUUUCUUAUCUCCACAUUGAUUAUAACAAUAGUUUACUCCUUAUUAUCAAUCUUUUCGCCGAUGAUAACAACUUUACUUAUUUGUUUAACAUUAGUCUUAUAUAUCAUCGUAAAUUAUCUCGUUCAUGCUACGUUCUUCUCUUCGUGUUUGGUCAUUACAUUGAAACGCGUAGUGGCACGUCGGCAUUGUUUAUUUUGCUUUCGUCUAUCGAAAGAUUGUUGCGAAGACUCGGAGGAGGAGAUCACAACGAAAUGGAUCUUCAUCAAACAAAAACUUUCAUCAUUGUCCAUCAAAGAUUCGGUAAUCAAGAAAUUCGUUGCAGCGACUCUGUGCUUACUCUUCGUUCUGUCGAUGAUAACAAGUCUGUGGUUUUUUCUUUCGAUCGAUACACGUCUGUUCGAUGAUCAAUUCCUUCCACGCGAUGCUUCAUCGUUACGUUUGCAUAUGAAAUCUCAGGAAAGUGAUUUCAACAUUGGUCCUGUUGUAAUGUUUACCAUUCCUGAAACGAUAAAUUACGAAAAUGAACAAGUCAGAUUAGCGAUGAGGACGUUGCUUGAACAAUGUCAGAGUGAACUUCGUACAAAUGAUUUUCAAUUAUUAUGGCUAGAUCAUGAGAAUGUCACACAUCUUAUCACUGGAAAAGAUCCAAUUUCACUUCGUGUGACACCCUUCUCGCAAAAUGAUUUAGUGAUCGUAGAUCGAGAGAAUACUUCUGCAAUCAUGGCAUCGAGAUUUUAUUGUCAAAUGACAUCCAUCAAAGGUGAUCGUUUGGACAUUCGAACAAUGAAUAAUCUCUAUACAUAUACCGAUCAAAGUCCACUUCCGUCUGUAUUUCCUUAUAGUUUACUCUUUCCAACAUACGAAGCUCUCGAACAAAUCCGGAAUGAGAUUUAUCUCUCUAUUCUUCUCUUGAUCGUCGCAUGUUUCAUCCUUACAUUGGUUCCUUGGUUUUCCUUUUCAAAUACUCUUCUAACCAUAUCUCAUGUUCUUGCUUUGUUAACAAGUUCGUUGACUUGCUUAUACUUCUUCCAUAAAUUAACAUUCAAUUUUGGUAAUGCACUUUGGUUCUACGUCGUUUCGAUUAUUUACCUCGAAACAUUAAUUCAUGCUUGUUAUAAACGAUCAGAUUCUAAAUGGAAAUACAAUCGUAUUAUUUUGUCAUUACUAACCUCGUUAGUUGUUUUGCAUUUCAUUCCUAUUCAAGCGUAUGUCUUUCAAAUCAUCCGAAAUUCGUUGAUUUAUCACUCGAUUGUGUGUUUAAUAUUGAUUAAUCUUAUUCUUCCAUCGUGCGAUUAUCUAAUUCAAUCGAUGAAUCAAAAUGAUGAACAAAUUCAUAAGGUUCGACAACCCAUGGUGACAAUUAUCGAUGUCAAUCAAUCAUUGACCAAUGGUAUCGAAAUCAAAGCGGAUGUGUAUGAAACCAAAACGAGUCUCAAUAGUUCGAUUUGA